UCGCCGUCGUCGUCGUCCUCAAGCACCCUCAAGCCCCACAAUGUCCUCCCAAAUCAGCAAAAAGCGAAAGUUCGUCGCUGACGGUGUAUUUCGCGCCGAGCUCAAUGAAUUCUUCACCCGCGAGUUGGCAGAGGAGGGUUACUCUGGCUGCGACGUCCGUGUUACCCACGCUCGUACAGAGAUCAUCAUCCGCGCCACGCACACCCAAGAAGUCCUCGGCGAAAAGGGCCGCCGAAUCCGCGAACUCACCGCCCUCGUCCAAAAACGCUUCAAGUUCCCCGAAAACUCGCUUGAGCUGUACGCAGAGAAGGUGCAGUACCGUGGGUUGUCUGCCAUUGCGCAGUGUGAGAGCUUGAGGUACAAGCUCCUUGGUGGGCUUGCCGUUCGUCGCGCAUGCUACGGUGUCCUCCGCUUCGUCAUGGAAUCAGGCGCCAAAGGCUGCGAAGUCGUCGUAUCAGGCAAACUCCGCGCAGCCCGUGCCAAAUCAAUGAAGUUCACUGACGGGUUCAUGAUCCACUCUGGUCAACCCGCCCGCGACUUUGUCGACUACGCCGUCCGCCAUGUUUUGCUUCGUCAGGGUGUUUUGGGUAUCAAAGUUAAAAUCAUGAAAGGGUCAGACCCCGAUGGCCAAACAGGCCCACGCAAACCCCUCCCCGAUUCCGUCCAGAUCCUCGAGCCUCCCGUCGACAAAAUCCCUUCAGAGCCCUCGUCAGAGCAACGGGAGCCAUACUCCGUCCCCGUGGCUGCUGCUGCGCCCACUGAGGAGUACGCGGCGCCCGAUGCUGCUUACCAGCAACCAGAGGCAUAUGCUGAGCAGCCUGUAUUCUGAACAGACAGUUGUAUUUUGUUACCUACCUAGUAUCUUUGAUGGUUGUUUGAAUUCGAAUUCUCAAACGCAUUC